UCUUACGCACUGUUUGCGUGUAUAGAUUAUGAAUUGAUUAUGCAAUCGUAGCCGGUUUAACGUUUCGACGAAGACCCAAUUUCUCUAUUCCUUGGGCCAUACUUCGUCCCGAUUUUCUUCAAUAAUUUAUAGAUUUUGAAACUUAGCCAAGUGAUUAAACCUCCUAGAUUCAUGGUCAAUCUCUUGUGAUUGAUUAUCGGAUAGGAGACUACAGGAAACUUCUGUACUGUAGAGGUUCCUUGUAGCGUUGGAUUUUCGACGGCAGGGUUUAUUGAACUGGUCGUAGCUACUAUUGCCUUUCUUGGUCUUUUUUUAUUCAUUUUUCUGCUUGAUCUUUGCUGCGAUUUCAGAAACAGAUAUAAAUACACGGGUAUUAGUAUUGGAUUUUGCAGGUGAUUAGUUGACUUUUUGUGUGCUGAAGGAAUUUGCAGAUUUUUGAGCUAUGGGAAGUAAGAAUUCGAAGGAGACGGAUCAAAGAGAGUUUGAUUCAGAUGGGUUUGGGAAUUCUUCAACGUGGGGUUAUGACAAUUAUCCUCCACCUUCGCCGUAUGUUCAGCAGUAUUCAUAUCCACAACGCUCUGAUUAUGGGUCACAAACACCACUACCACAGAGGAGGUUGGAUAGGAAAUAUUCAAGAAUUGCUGACCAUUACCAAUCCUUGGAUGAGGUGACAGCAGCUCUUGCUCAAGCUGGACUAGAGUCCUCUAAUCUCAUUGUGGGAAUCGAUUUCACGAAGAGCAACGAGUGGACAGGUUCAAGGUCGUUUAAUCGACGUAGUUUACACCACAUCGGGAACACACAGAACCCAUAUGAACAAGCCAUAUCUAUUAUUGGACAGACCUUAUCAGCUUUUGAUGAGGACAACAUGAUUCCAUGUUAUGGAUUUGGAGAUGCAUCUACACAUGAUCAAAAUGUCUUUAGCUUUUACGACAAUGACAGGAUCUGUAAUGGAUUUGAGGAAGUUUUGCAUCGUUACAAAGAAAUCGUCCCCAACUUACGACUUGCAGGACCUACAUCUUUUGCACCAAUAAUUGAGAUGGCCAUGACAAUAGUUGAGCAAACUGGUGGUCAGUACCAUGUUUUACUGAUAAUUGCAGAUGGCCAAGUCACAAGAAGUGUCGACACAAAUAACGGUCAACUAAGUUCACAAGAACGAAACACCGUCGAUGCGAUUGUUAGAGCAAGUGAGUACCCGUUGUCAAUAAUCUUGGUCGGAGUCGGAGACGGGCCAUGGGACAUGAUGAAGAAUUUUGACGACAACAUCCCAGCUCGAGCUUUCGAUAACUUUCAGUUUGUCAAUUUCACUGAGAUUAUGUCGAAAAAUGUAAACUCUACCAGAAGGCAGACUGAGUUUGCUCUAGCUGCCUUAAUGGAAAUACCUUCUCAAUAUCAGGCUACUCUAGAGCUUGGCCUAUUGGGUCGACGACGAGGGAGUUCGCCAGAGAGAGUACCUCUUCCGCCUCCUUUGUACAGCAUGACACCGUUCAACGGCUACCCGAGAACCCCACGAGCUAACAGUUUUCAGACUCGAACACCUUCACAUGGUAGAUAUAACCAAGGAGUUGGCACAACUUCAUCCACCAGUUCUCAUUAUGACAACCAGAUUUGCCCCAUUUGUCUCACUAAUCCAAAGGACAUGGCUUUUGGUUGCGGGCAUCAGACAUGCUGCGACUGUGGAGAAACGCUCGAGUCGUGCCCCAUCUGCCGAAGCUCUAUUCAGACUAGAAUAAGGCUUUAUUAAGUCCUGCCGUGGUACCUAUGGCUCAUUUAUUUCAUUUUUUGGAUCCUUAACUCCUGCAAUGGGCCAGGUCUCUCGAAGCGAGGUACAACGGGAAGGUACAUAACUGCAGAUUACUAUAUCUUCGUCUUGUUAAAUGGCGGUUUCGGUGAACAUCAAUACUGUUCUACAGGGUGUGUUUGUACAUAUGGUGGAUGUUUUGUUAACCUGCCUCAUCACUGACUAUACACAACUAUACCUGUUUGUAGAAGCUUCAAAGGGAGUUCGUUUUAAUCUUAUCGUUCAGCUUGGUUCGUUCUUAGAAAUCAUUUUUACGUGCGUACGUUGUUGUACAUAUCGGUUUCUGGGUUGUAAUAAAUCUUCCUGCUUGUUUAUCAUCAACUAAGCAGACGUUUUUUCUGAAAUAAGAUUCAUCAUUGUCAUUGAAUA